AUUCCGACAUCUCUGCGGCUGAGCUUGAGCUCUCAAUCAAAUCCCAGAGACGAGUAGGAAGCUCCGUGGAGACAUGUAAGAUGGCAGAGCUGCAGAUGUUACUAGAGGAAGAAAUUCCAGCCGGUAAACGAGCUCUCGUGGAGAGUUACCAGAACCUUACGAGGGUCGCGGACUACUGUGAGAAUAAUUAUGUUCAGGCACAGGAUAAGAGGAAAGCCUUGGAAGAGACCAAAGCCUACACCACCCAGUCUCUGGCAAGCGUGGCCUACCAGAUCAAUGCCUUAGCCAACAAUGUCCUGCAGUUGUUGGAUAUCCAGGCCUCGCAGCUGCGCAGGAUGGAGUCCUCCAUCAACCACAUCUCUCAGACGGUGGACAUCCAUAAAGAGAAGGUCGCCCGACGAGAGAUCGGCAUUGUGACAACGAAUAAAAACACAUCAAGGACUCAUAAGAUCAUCGCUCCGGCCAACAUUGAGCGGCCGGUGAGGUACAUCAGGAAGCCAAUCGACUACACAGUUCUGGAUGAUGUGGGCCAUGGAGUAAAGCAACACGGCAACAAUCAGUCCAUCAGAGGAGGAACUCUCUCCAGGACCAAUCCCCCAUCACAGAAACCUCCCAGCCCACCCUUGGCAGGACGAGGCACUCUUGGGCGUAACACUCCUUAUAAAACACUUGAGCCGGUGAAACCUCCAACAGUGCCCAACGAUUACAUGACGAGUCCAGCUCGCUUGGGCAGCCAACACAGUCCAGGACGCACUGCGUCGCUCAGCCAGAGACCGAGAACCCACAGUGGCAGCAGCGGGGGCAGUGGCAGUCGAGAGAACAGUGGCGGCAGCAGCAUCGGCAUUCCCAUCACCAUACCAACUCCCUCCAUUCCCAACUCAGUCCCAGUCACACUCUCAUGGGCCGCUCCUCCCCCAGCCCCUCCUCCUCCACCCCCCCUCCCUGGCCAGGGCCCACCAAUGCCAGCUGCUGCUAUAGCUGUGGCUGCUGGGCCAGGUCUCGGGCCCAUCCCAAUGUCUCAGUUCGGCACGAUAUCUCGGCAGAUCUCCCGACACAGCUCCACCACCUCCUCCGUCUCCAUGGUUUCUGCCACAGGCACAUACCGCCGAGCGCCGGCCGUCUCUGCCCAGUUCUCCCUGCAGCAGCCGCACGUUAACGGGGGCACAAACGCAAUGUCUAUGGCCCCCCCUCCUCCACCCAUGCCUCAGCUCACCCCACAGAUCCCGCUCACAGGUUUUGUGGCCAGAGUUCAGGAAAACAUUGCAGAUCCCCCGACUCUCCCCCCUCCCCCUGAUGACAUGCCCAUGUUUGACGAGGCUCCGCCUCCACCUCCGCCUCCGCCUCCGCCAGUCGACUUUGAAGAGGAAGAGGCAGCUGUAGUGCAGUAUAGUGACCCCUAUGCAGAUGGAGACCCUCACUGGGCCCCCAAGUCCUACAUUGAGAAAGUGGUUGCCAUCUACGACUACUCCAAGGAUAAGGCUGAUGAACUGAGCUUCAUGGAAGGAGCCAUCAUCUACAUCGUCAGGAAGAACGACGACGGCUGGUUCGAGGGCGUUUGCAACGGCGUCACUGGUCUGUUUCCCGGAAACUACGUGGAGUCCAUCAUGCACUACACCGACUGAAGAGAGCGGACCACAGUAUAGAGCGCUGUUCCUCACAAAUGAACUGUACUCCGUGGGGAUGGGUGGAUGUGGGCAAACGGGAUGAGCAGCUAUUCGGAGGAAGUCAGUGUACAUAAAAGGAAAGUUAGCCUGUGGGUGUCUGUAGUGAAUGUCAAUCACAGUAUCUUCAACAUGUGAACAUGCUUUUAUGACAUUUCCAACAAAGUCGACCAUUUAUUUGAUUUCCUUGAUCUCUCCAUUCACAUUUGUUUGGACAUUUUGGAUG